AUGAAUGAUUGGAUGCUUUUCAUUGCUUCGAGGAAAACUGAUGAAGCUGGUGGAAGUGAAGCACAAUGUGAGAUCAUGUUCAAUGUAUUGAACAAUUCAGAGUUUAAAUCAGAUAAUCUUACAUUUGGGAAUAUGAAUAUUGUGCUUCGAUUAGAAAAGGUCAAUCAGUCUCAAGUUUUGGAUCUUUUCCAAAAACAAAUAAAGGAAUUAAAGACUUAUGAUUUUUGUUUUUUGUUUUGA